UUGUGCAAAUCGCCUCACCCACCCACCCAAAAAGAAUCGACACCUGCCCUCGCCUCUCCGGCCGGCCGCCACUCUCCCCCUCCCAAAUCCUCCGUCGGUCGCCACCCUCCGCCUGGAGUCGAUUCUCACUCUUUAGCCGCUGCCACCACCCUCUGCUUCGAUUCUUCCCUUGGAGUACUGAGCUGCCUCCAGCACCCUCCGUCUGGUCGCCGCCACCCUCUCAAACCCUAACCCUAGGCGGCGCAGUAUGUCGUCGACGGAAUGUGGAGGCCUUGGCUGCGACGACGGGGAAUGUGGCAGCCUUGGCUGCGACGACGGGGAAUGUGGAGGCCUUGGCUGCGAAGACGGGCGCAGAUGCUGCUACUGCGGGGAUUCGCCUUCGCCGCCUAUGAGAUGUGAAUGCGAUGGCUGCUACGAGCGGGGGCCCUGCUUGGGGUGGGGCUCCUUCCGUUCGUUGGGGUGGGGUCCGGGUUCGUCUCCGCCGCCGCCGCCGCCGCCGCCGCCGCCGCCGCCGCCGCCAUAUGUCCUCUCAUGUGGCAGCGGUUCGUAUGAGGUAGGGGGAGACAGCUCCAGGGAUGGCGUGUCGGAGGCAUUCCUUGCCUCGGGCCGGAGGGCGUCGGAAUCGGAGGUCUGGGACGACUGGGCUGACGGCGCGCCCUCGAAAUCGAUCCCGAUUCCGCGGCCCCCGACCGUCGCCAACGAAUGGGGGGACUGUGGCGGCUCGACCUCGGACUCGAUGUCGAUUUCGCCGUCCUUGACUCCCACCGACGUGAAGCUGGCGGACGGAGGCCGCGCCUUCGACUGCAGCGCCUGCUGCCUGCCGCUCAAGCCACCCAUCUUGCAGUGUGACCGGGGGCACGCGGUGUGCCUCCCGUGCCACAACGCGCAUUUAUCCUGGGAAGGGGCGGCCGCAGCAACGAGGUGCAACGUUUCCGGCGGCCACGACACCGACGGCUACCGCCGGUGCAAGCCCCUGGAGGAUGCCGUGGAGACCAUCCGUGUGCGGUGCCCCAACGCCGCCUACGGCUGCGCCGACCUGCUGACCCGCUAUUUCCUGCCCACGCACCGCCGGUCAUGCAGUUACGCGCUCACGGCGAGUUGCCCCCGGGAUGCCUGCAGCUUCAUCGGCUCCGCAGAGGCCCUUCUGGACCACUUCAUCUCUGUGGAGAAGUGGCCAUAUACCGCCGAGAAUGAGGCCGGGAAGAGCUUCGACAUCCUCCUCUGUGGCGGCUUCAAUGUCGUCGGUGCCGUCCGUGGCACCAGCCAGCACCUGCUUGUGCUAUUCGUCACACGGAGGCCGUUUGGCAGCACAGUCUCUGCAAUUUGCAUAUUCCCCCAACCUCAAGUCAUUCGGUGGUCACUACCGCCACCAUCCGCAUUGAAAUGCAAGCUUAAACUUCACUUCGCCGCCACUCACAGUACCCAGAUAUCUGAACACGAAAACACAACCUCCUUUGAUGUACCAUGCACCAAUCCCUUGGAUGGGCUCCCUGAUCCUGAUGACUUUGUCCAGUUCUUUGUGCCCAAGUCUGUCUAUCCUGACGAUAAUGCAUCUAUCGGGGUCACGGCCUCUAUUACCUUCUACGAGUUGAUAAUCUGAUUUGUCCGUCGACUUACCCUGUUUUAUACCGAAUCUUGUUGUCGGAUGACUUGGGUCAACUUGUGGAUUUGUCUCUCAUUUUGGUUGUACGAAAACAUAAGCAAAAAGAAGAACAAAAGUCAAAAUCAAUUCAAGUUUCUCCCGUGGAUCAUAUCGCAGCUAACCCUCUAAUGGCUGAGAAUCUCAUCAGCUUGCGGUCUUCCGUGAUCCGUUACAUUCGGUUGCCCACUACAAGGGGCUUGUUGAUGAUCCAUCCGAGUACCUUUUUUGGACACAUCGUAGUUGGUGUACCUUCCACGGCGGUUGCCACGACAAUGCUGCUCUUCUGAAUUCAUUAAAGAAUGAAGUGAAGUCUUCAGAAUUGUCAUUUAGGAUACUCAUGAGAGUGUAUGUGGGGUCGACCUAUCCAUAGGCAUGUAUCAAAACUGAAAUAUUUUAAUUAAUGUAUCGAGAUGUUGAACUUUUAUUUUUUCUAAUUCAAGUUGUGUA